GCUGCAGGUAUCGCUUCUGUUGAUGUAAAGAAGCUUAGAGAUGCUGGUCUCUGUACUGUUGAAGGUGUUGCAUAUACUCCAAGGAAGGAUCUCUUGCAGAUUAAAGGAAUUAGUGAUGCUAAGGUUGACAAGAUCAUUAUGAAUUUCUUAUUUGUGUUUCUUCCCUCUGUGACAGCUUCAAAGCUGGUUCCUCUGGGUUUCACUAGUGCUAGCCAGCUCCAUGCCCAGAGACAGGAGAUAAUUCAGAUUACCUCUGGAUCACGGGAGCUCGACAAAGUUCUUGAAGGAGGAAUUGAAACUGGAUCCAUCACUGAGUUAUAUGGUGAGUUCCGCUCUGGAAAGACUCAGUUGUGCCAUACACUGUGUGUAACAUGUCAACUUCCCAUGGAUCAAGGAGGUGGAGAGGGAAAAGCGAUGUACAUCGAUGCCGAGGGAACUUUCAGGCCACAAAGACUGUUGCAGAUAGCUGACAGGUUCGGACUAAAUGGAGCUGAUGUACUUGAAAAUGUAGCCUAUGCGAGGGCGUAUAAUACUGAUCAUCAGUCAAGGCUUUUACUUGAAGCAGCAUCAAUGAUGAUUGAAACAAGAUUUGCUCUCAUGAUUGUCGAUAGUGCUACCGCUCUCUACAGGACAGAUUUCUCUGGAAGGGGAGAGCUUUCGGCUCGACAAAUGCACCUUGCAAAGUUCUUGAGAAGUCUUCAGAAGUUAGCAGAUGAGUUUGGUGUGGCCGUUGUUAUUACAAACCAAGUAGUUGCGCAAGUAGAUGGUUCUGCUCUUUUUGCUGGUCCACAGUUUAAGCCGAUUGGUGGGAAUAUCAUGGCUCAUGCGACCACAACAAGGCUGGCAUUGAGGAAAGGAAGAGCAGAGGAGAGAAUCUGCAAAGUGAUAAGCUCACCAUGCUUGCCUGAAGCGGAAGCUCGAUUUCAAAUAUCUACCGAAGGUGUAACAGAUUGCAAGGACUGA